AUGCUUGCGCACAGCAGAACUAAUCUUGCGGCCAAAGCACGUGUCUUUCUGCAAACCUUAGGGCUGCUGGUGUCCUUUCGAGAAGCCCUUAUCGAAUUGUGCCAGUCCGUGGUGAGCAUUCACACCGAUUACGGAACGGAAAGAGGGUUGGCCCGGAUAGCAGAUUACCCGUUGGACACGCUUCUUCCAUAUUUGCACUGCCCUGAGGAGGCAGCGAAUAUCGGUGCUGCAACUUUGGACAAAGGUGAUUUGUUCGAAGAUGGUUCUUUCGAUUCCAAUGCGGGUCGCGAUGUGGAAGUUUUUGCUGUAGAUGCACAGCCCGUGUCCACCAACGUUUCUUUUGAAAGUUCCCUUGAAGGGCCUGACAUGAUGCACAUCAUCCACAAUGCCACCAACAACUUGGGCGAUGUAGUGUCUUCGUACAAUUUUGUGCUUGAUGCUUUGAAGCCAGUAUGCUCCCUUUUGUCAGGGAAGGAGAGCAAGCAGCAGCUCAUUGAGAUGUGUUUCAAUACCCCUGAGACUUUCCCAUAUCAAGACCAGAUAGGUGCCUUCAAUGUCAGUGUCCAUGAAGAACGCUGGAACACCAUUGCCUGUGGCAUUGAAGAGGUGGAUGCUUUAGAGCCUGCGCUGAGAAACCAUUGGAGCCUGUCCCGCUUUCUGGGAAAAGGAGAGGCAGAAUGCUGUGAUCAGAGUGUGCCAGUUCCAAGGCCUUCAGACAAUGCUAGCCCAGAUGCGACUGGCGUUAACCUCAAGGCCGUGGACGACGCUCUAUGCUCUGAUUUAUGGUGGGGUUCGUUGAAAACAUUGAUUCCAAUUGCAAAGAUCCAACGCAAGGCUGUUGAUUUUGUGAAUGGUUGCCCAUGCCAUGCAACUUGUCAUUUGGAUACAAAAGAAAUGGAAGACUUCUGUCGCAGUUGUCCUUUGAGAGGGCGUAGGUGCGCCGAGCUGGCUUCAGGAGAUUUUUUCACAAUGUUGCAAGAACUGUUCGACACAAGCGCUACCCUGCUGGAGCUCCAAUUGCCAAGAGGCUUGUCCCAAGAUGAAGUUAGCCAACUCAUGAAGGACUUUCAAUUGGCAAGGCAGCACCUCAUCAUGACCUACGUGAUGAAACUGAGCUUCUGGCAGGAAGCCCCACAUGUUUUAUGUGGUUUGAGCCAUUGGGAUCCCAAUGUGCGAGUGCGCUGCCUUACCAAAGCACUUGCUUCCAAUUGCAGCCACCCCAAAGUUUUGUGGUUGAAGCGGCCUGAAGCACGGCGAUGUGUUGCAGAGUUCAUUGCCGGUGGUGGGUUGUGGCGGGAUGACAGCCAGCUGGAUCCCUUGAGAGAGUUGGCUCUUGAGUUGAGGCUGAUGUUCACGUCAGCAUGGCGGGUGGAGGGGCAGCAUGCUAGAACAAAGAAGGUUUCGACUCAUGCUCACCAUCAUUCUGCACCAUAUAUCAGCCUUGCUCAUCGUCUGCCCGAGAUCAAAGAACUUUUGCUGACGCGGCCAGAGGUUGCAGGCCAGCUUGCAGAUUUUAUGGGCGAUGUGUCAAACGGAUGCUCUGCUGCAAGACAACUUGGCUUUUCUGAGAAGUUGCUUUGGGAAUGUGGCUGGAUCUCAACAAAGACCUUCGAAAAGAGGAAGGCAGGUUUCAGUGUCAUUUACCAUGAUGAUCCAUAUUGCAAAUACAGCUUGGAGUUGCCUCGAGGUUUGAAACAGAAGCGUGUUUCUGUGCAAGAUUCCGACCUGGCCAGCCCUGACUUGUCUGAUGGAAGCGUUGAGCUCAAGCGAGCGCUAGCUUUGCAGGAUGUGCAGAAAGAAGUGUCCAAUUUUGACCGGGGUACUUUCUUCACCAUGAAGAUGAAUGUUCGGGCGUUGGCAACUCUGCAGUCCAUGCUGUCCCACAAGCGUCAAGCUUUGGAGUUGGAGCCCCAAUCCGCUGUGGAGUGGGAGAUGCAAGCAGGUCAGACGCCACGGGCCGUUGCAGGCCUUUCGGACAAGCUUGGGCUCACAGUUCCUUUGGCUGAUUUGUUGGAAGGUGUGGGAGAUGGGCUGGCCCACGAAUUUGUGGUGGCAUCGGUGUUGCAUGCGCAUCCGAACCGCUUUCACCGCACUCAAGUGGAAGGGGAGUCUUGUUUGUCAGGAGCUUGGGUGGUUCAGCUUCACAGCAUUGUCCAUGUGGAUGUGGGUGGCAAGCAGGUUCUUGCUUCUUUGAGCCCUGGGCCACCAUGGAUAUUGACAGAUUCUGGACAUGCCCGUUUGCUGCAGUGCUGUGUGUUGACUAAUGAGAAGCCUUUCUUGCAGCGGUGGAGGCCAGGUGAGCCACUACAUGAAGAGGCCACUGCUUAUCAGCUUGUGGUUGCUCUUGAGAAAUCUGGCUGGUACCAUGCUGUGAUCACCAACAAGAAGCACAAACUGCUCAAGAAAGAGAAACAUGCUCACGAGAGAGGCGGUAGUGAAAAGAUGUGGUUCACUGUUGAAGGGACGGUGUCUGUAAGCCGCUACUACCUGCUGGCUUUGGCCUAUUUGGUGGGUGUGAUUGCUGGAAAGGACAUCACUGAGGUGCCAUAUGGUGUUCCGGACGCCGCUUACAAGGCUCUGCUAGGCAUGGAGUCUGACAAGAAAACAUUUGAAGGCAGGGGCAUGAAAAGAGCGUUUUUGCAUGUCUCAGAUGACAAUUGGCCAGAACCAAAAAAGCGAGCAGCCACAAGAAAGAAGAAAGCAACUGCUGCUUCAAGUUCCAAAGACAAAGAACUUUGCUUGGAGGAGAAGGCCGCUGAUAGUUGUGAGGGUGAAGGUGAAGGUGAUGACCUUGCUGUGGAGUUGAGCUCUCCAUCUGGCUUGAGCAGUUCAGGUGAAGAAGAGAUUACCGAUUGUAUGGACGACGCACGGGAGGCAGUUUCCCCAAAAAGCAACCCCGCUGUUGAGUCAGAGGUGGCUGCUGCUCCCAGCCGACCUGAGCCAAAGUCAGUCUUCAGAGACGAGUAUGGCUGGAACGUAGACCACAAGAUCACGAAGACGUGUGGCAUAGAUCCUGCUUGUCAAGCUGUCUUGGUGGAGGACCAAACUGCGUGGUGUGAAGCCCAUCAGCAGUAUUGCGUUGUGAACAAGCCUCGUGAAAAGCUGGGUGCCUUAGUCAUCAACAAUGCUGGCAAUUGCUGCCAGGGUUGGAGCUCAGAAGGAAAGCGGGCCCGCAAAGCCCACAAGAGCCAAUACCCGCUUGCCGUGUGGCUUUGUCAACGCAAGCAGCUUGCCUUGGAUGGCCAAGAGGAUUUGUUUUUUCAAGAGUGCACAAGACACUUUGAUGUUGAGUCAUGCCUGGCCGGCCCUUUGAGCAGCAGCCACCAAGUCAUUUCUUUGGUGGUUGGUCCUUCUGAGCUGGGAUGGCCAACUUCGCGGGAUCGAGUUUUGUCUGCAGGCAUUUCUUUGAGGACUUUGGUUUGGGUCGGGCCCACUGACCCUCAGAAGGUUGAGAGAGAGUUCAACUAUUUCUUUCAAAGAAGUUGCCUCCUGUCAGGGGAUGUUUUCUUCCAAGAGGACGAGGCUGUGGUGCAGGAGUGGGUUGACCAGAAGCUUUUGGAAAAAUCACACUUUGGGGCCAAGUUGAGCGGAGAGCGGAUGUGGCGCAAGAUCUUCACUCCAGGGCAAUUGCAACGCCUUGCAGCUUACAGACAGUUGGCUCCUGACCAUGCUGGACUUGAUGGAACUUUCAUAUGCGACCUGGAUCAUUGGCCGCAUUCUCCAGGGCCAGACUACGGGUCCUUCUUUCCGGUGCUGCUCAGGCAUGGUACAAUAGUCAACUUGAACACUAAGAAGAUCGCAAUGCCCAGAGAUAGGUUCUUGGCCCUCGGAUUCCAUGUGUCCGACAAAGUGUCCAAAAAGUUCAGGUGGCCAUUGGCCGACUAUGUACUCAGCCGCAGUGACCGGUGUGUGAAGUCAUUGACCGGAAACUGCCAGUCGCUCCCUUGCCUUUUGGCUUGGUACCUCAAUUUGGAAAGAAGAGAAGUGUGUAAGGUAGAGCGCCCAAUCAAAGUAGAACUGCAACAGAAAGAGGAGAAGAAGAUCAAUGCUCUUCAGUGGCUCGCUGAUGAAUGA